UUACAGGAGUUAUUCAAGGCAAGGAUGAGGGUUGGGGGAGGGAGCUGAGGAUGGGGAGUGAGGAAGUAGCCAGGUCAGUUUGCAGACUGAAACCCACCUUGUGUGGCGUGUGUGUCAGAAUUGGUGUGUGUAUUGGAGGAUUUGGGGGGUGGGGCACUGCCCUUCCAGGCCACCUCUAAGACCUUGGAUGGGCACUGUCAGGCUCUGGCCAUGUGUGUACUGGGGGGUGGGGGCAGCUUUUAAAUGAUCCUUCCUCUGUUGCCUCAAGACAUUUUCCAAGUACCAGAAGGGCCAAAUGACUUUGAGACUUGGGCCUCUCCACUUUGAAGCAGGCCCCAGCCCUCCCUGUCCCCCCAGCCAGGCUCCCUGUGCUCCUUUGCAUUGCAGGCCAGCAGGAGACAGGGCACUUUAAAAAUCCGGUCAGAGGCAAAUGCAUACCUCCGUAGAUUCACUGGUCAAGAGACCCCCAUUGUGCCCCAGCUAGGUUCCUCAUCCAUAGCUCAGAAAUGUGUUGUGUUUAAAAUGUACGUAUGUAUUAAAUAUGUGGUCUUUCAUUUGAAAGGAAAAAAAGGGUAACCUUGGAGGGUCCCUACCUCUUCAUACUGAGCAUGCUCUGGUUUCUCGGCCAUCUGUGAGGUGGGCACAUGCCAUCACUGUAAGAGAUGAAGAGCGGGGCUCAGAGAGGGCAUUAACCCACCCCAGGCCACCUGGAUGUCCGGCCAAAGCUACAUGGGAGCCAGCUCUGACUGAUUCCAAAAUCCCUGUUCUUUUCUCUUCCCGAUCUACCUUCUAAGUCUCAAGAAUGAACUCUUCUGGAAAGAUUCCAGUUAAUAGUCCUUGGCUGCUAGGACUGUGGGUCUUUGGGGUUUCUCUGGCUAGUAAUAAAGUGAUUUCUGAUGAAAACCUAAAGACAUCCUUCCUUCCUGUGCCCCCCCACCUCUACAGACCACAGGAAACAUUGGAACCUGGAUAUCCCUGUAACUCCGGGUGCCUAAAGGAUAUUGCAGCCCCCUCCUGGUAUUCAGAGAGGCUGGGACUUCUCUUCACCUAUAAACUCCUGGGAAGUCACUGCCAACACUAGGGCAGUGGUGGCAGAGAUGGUGGGGGCCCUGGAAAAGCCCGGGGUCUCCCAGUAUCCUGCCCUGCCCCUGCUGUGAGGCCCCAUUGUCCUGGCUUGAGCACCCAGGCGGCUGCCCUUGCCACUGCAGCAUUCAUGAGCCUGGCUCUGAGGCCCAUUCUGAGUGACUGCUAUUUGUAGACUUUUCUUAAAAUACCACAACAGUGCCAUUCACUGGCUGUCUGCAUAGCUGGUCUAUGCCGGAGGUCAAGACAAAGCUCUGCUGUGCCUCACGGCAUCCCGUCCUGGCCUCUGCCGCUGGGCCGCCCACUCCCCCCACCCCACUGACAGGGUGCUGGUGCCCCAGCCGCCCCUGUGGCUGGCCUGGAGCAUGCCCGAUCCAGCCACUGGCCGAGCGAGCGAAACGUGUGCACUAACUUGGUAGCCUCCUCUAGGUCCUAGUCUUCUUCACCCCCUGACCCUCAGCCCACCCUCAGGCCGAACAUAGGACUCUCUCAGUUCUGGUGGGGGGGUGGACUAGAGCAAAGAAUCAGUGAAAGGCCGUCAGGGACCCGGUAAUAAAGGUUCGAGCAUCCUGAAUCAAGGCUCUGACAUUCCCCAACACUCCCGACUAACAGGUGCUCAGACCUUCAUCUUCGGACACACAGCAGCAUCCUCAUCCCCUGCAGUGCCUCUGCCCCGCUCAGCAUCACCUCAGUACAUUCUUUGGAGCCCUUUUUUCGUGGGGCUUUGACAGGUGCAUUUUGUGGUACCUACGAGGAGUCCCUGGGUGGUACAAGCCGUGCACUCAGCUGGAUUAUACUAGGCUGGCAGUUUGAAUCUACCCAGAGGCACCUAGGAAGAAAGGCCUGGCAAUCUACUUCUAAAAAAUCAGCCACCGAGAACCCUAUGGAGCACAAUUCUACUCUGACACACAUGGGGUCACAAUGAGUCUGGAUCAACUCCACGGGCAACUAGUUAUUGGCACCUAGUCACGUGUUGCGUAGAAAAUCAGACGUUCCUUCAAAGGGAGGCGGCUUGGCUGGCCCAGGCCCUGCCCGAGAACAAGAGCCCGGGGUGUCCCUUUGCAUCUGGGAAUGGCUGACGGGGCCCCCCUCAGCCUGGAAAGGCUUGGCAGCCCUGACCUAAUAGUAGCCCCAGAGCUGAUCAGCUUGCCCGCCAAGGCCAAAACGCAGCCCUGCCCCCCAGCUGUGGGUUUCUUCCUUUUUUUUCUCUUUUAUUGUGCUUUAAGUGAAAGUUUACAGCUCAAGUUAGUUUCUCAUACAAAAAUGUAUACACACAUUGUUAUGUGACCAUAGUUGCUCUCUCUAUAAAGUGAGAGCACACUCCUCCUUUCCACCCCGGAUUUCCCAUGUCCAUUAAACUAGCUCCUGUCUGUCUUUGCCUUCUCAUCUCGCCUCCAGACAGGGGCUGCCCAUUUAGUCUCAUGUAUGUACUUGAACUAAGAAGCACACUCUUCACAAGUCUCAUUUUAGAUAUUUUAGUCCAGUCUAAUCUUUGUUUGAAGAGUUGGCUUCAGGAAUCGUUUUAGUUCUGGGUUAACAGAGAGUCCAGGGGCCAUUUCUUUCGUGGCUCCUCCAGUUUCAGCCAGACCAUUAAGUCUGGUCUUUUUACUGGAAUUUGAGUUCUGCACCCCACUUUUCUCCUGCUCCAUCAGGGACUCUCUCUUGUGUUCCCUGUCAGGGCAGUCAUUGGUGGUAGCCAGGCACCAUCUAGUUCUUCUGGUCUCAGGCUGAUGGAGCCUCUGGUUUACGUGGCCCUUUCUGUCUCUUGGGCUCAUACUUCCCUUGUGUCUUUGGUGUUCUUCAUUCUCCUUUGAGGUGGAUUGGGACCAAUUGAUGCAUCUUAGAUGGUCAAUCACUAGCUUUUAAGACCCCAGACGCCACUCACCAACGUGGGAUGCGGAACAUUUUCUUAAUAAACUGUUAUGCCAGUUGACCUAGGUGUCUCCUGAAACUGUGGUCCCCAGAUCCCUGUCCCUGCUACUCUGUCCCUUGAAGUGUUUGGUUGUGUUCAGGAAACUUCUUAGCUUUUGUCCAGUUGUGCUGACUUCCCCUGUAAUGAGUGUUGUACCUUCCUUCACCUAAGAUAAUUCUUGUCUACUAUCUAGUUAGUGAAUACCCCUCUUCUUUCCUCCCCACCCUCAUAAACAUCAAAGAAUGUUUUCUUCUGUGUUUAAACCUUUUCUUGAGUUCUUAUAAUAGGGGUCUCAUACAAUAUUUGUCCUUUUCUGACUGACUAAUUUCACUUAGCAUAAUACCUUCCAGCUUCAUCCAUGUUAUGAGAUGUUUCACAGAUCCCUCAUUGUUCUUUAUCAUUGCGUGGCAUUCCAUUAUGUGAAUACACCAUAAUUUGUUUAUCUAUUUAUCCAUUGAUGGGCACCUAGAUUGUUUCCAUCUUUUUGCUAUUGUGAACAGUGCUGCAGUGAGCAUGAGUGUGCAUAUAUCUGUUCGUGUAAAGGCUCUUAUUUCUCUAGGAUAUAUUGGAAGGAGUGUGAUUGCUGGAUAGUAUGGUAGUUCUAUUUCUAGCUGUUUAAGGAAGCGCCAAAUCGUUUUCCAAAGUGGUUGUACCAUUUUACAUUGCCACCAGCAGUGGAUAAGUGUUCCAGUCUCUGUACAACCUCUCCAACAUUGAUUAUUUUGUGUUUUUUUAGAUUAAUGCCAGCCUUGUUGGAGUGAGAUGGAAUCUCAUUGUAGUUUCGAUUUGCAUUUCUCUAAUGGCUAAUUUUCGUGAGCAUUUCCUCAUGUAUCUGUUCUAGCUGUGGGUUUUUGAGUGUGUUGAAAAGUAUGGCCACAGAGCUGGUCACAAGGGCCACAGGGCCACUCCCUGUGUAGAGCUGAGUCAUUACACACAACCACAGCAGGAAGCGUGACCCUUGACAAGGGGCUCCUGCUUGACAGUGUGCAUUUGUCCUGGGGGGAGGGCCAGGCCGAGGUUGGACUCCUCAGGGGUGGUUUCAGGACUCUUAAAGCAUCACCAGGUACAGAGCCAAGUCCCACCACAAGUGCACGGUCCCACCCCAGUGUUGAACCUGGCAGUUGAAUGGGGAUUCAGCCAUCUCCUGGUAGGAGGCAGUGGGCUCUCUCCAGGAUAGGCAAGCCCAGGUCCUCACCGGCUGUAGGACAUCAGGCACGGGGCUUGGCAUUUCCACGCCUCAGUUUCCCCAUCAGGGAUUCAUAAGGUCUAGUUUGGGGUUGCUGUGAGGAAGAUUGACACAGAUGGAUCGAUACAGUGGCUGCAACAACGGGCUCAAGCGCGACAAUUGUGAGGAUGGCUUGGGACCGGGCAGUGUUUUGUUCUAUAGUAGGGUCUUUAUGAGUCGGAACCAACUGGACGGCAUCUGACAACAACAACAUGAAGGUGAAAGGAGCUGCUUUACUAGUGGCCUCCUACCUUCAGCCAUCCCCACCUGGACUAGACACCUAAAGUGAAUCACAGAAUAGGGGGUGAGGUUUCUUUGCCUGCACUCACCCCCACUGAGCUUCUAGCUCCCUGCAGGUGGCUUGGACUGCUCUUCAUCUGCCUGUCCCUAGCAAGGCUCUGGCCCUGGACCUCCUCCUCUCUCCUGUGCCUGGGCUGCCAGUGAGGAGGUGCCCACUGGGCCUCCAAUCCCCCAACACUGGAGCCUUGACUUUACGUCCUCUGGGCUGGCCCUUAAACUCAGGCUUUUCCCAGGGUCAGGAAAGCCAGAGCAGGGGAGGGUAAGAUGGGGAGAGUUGUGUUCAGCAGCCACCCUGGUGCCAGUCCCAUAAUCCCCAAGGAAUGAGCCUCCAGCCUUUGGAAAACCUUCACACUGUUUUCAAGAUCCUGCCAAGACCUGUGCAACAGAAAAUGUCAGGGGGUCCUUGGCCACAAGCAUCAAUUUGCCCAGGACAGUUUCAGGAUGCACCUGUUAUCCUGGUAUAGUUAUUAAUAGAGCCCACUCUCAUUCUUAAAAGUGUCUGCAUUUCAACAAUAGAUUGCAUGGUAACCCUGUCGUAGCUUGCUGUUGCUGUUAGGUGCCGUUGAGUCGGUUCCGACUCAUAAUGAACCUGUAUACAACAUAACAAAAUGCUGCCUGUCCUGCCCCGUCCUCACAACUGCUGCCGUGUUUGAGCCCAUUGUUGCACCCACUGUGUCAAUCUAUCUCAUUCAGGGCCUUCCUCCUUUUUUGCUGACCCUCUACUUUACCAAGCAUGAUGGCCUUCUCCAGGGACUGAUACCUCCUGAUAACAUGUCCAAAGUACAUGAGACGAAGUCUCGCCAUCCUCACUUCCAAAGAGCACUCUUGUUGUAUUUCUUCCAAGACAGAUUUGUCCCUUCCUCUGGCAGUCUCGGGUGUAUUCAGUAUUCUUGGCUGACACCACGAUUCAAAGGCAUCCGUUCUUCUUCAAACUUCCUCAUUCAUUGUCCAGCUUUUGCAUGCAUAUGAAGUGACUGAAAAUAUCAUGGCUUGAGUCAGGCACACCUUAGUCCUCAAAAUGAUGCCUUUGCUUUUUAACAAUUUAAAGAGGUCUUUUGCAGCAGCAUAUUUGUCCAGUGCAAUACUUUGAUUUCCUGAGUGCUGCAUCUGUGGACGUUGUUUCUGGAUCCAAGUAAAAUGAGAACUUCGACACCGUCAUUCUUUUCUCCAUUUCUCAUGGUUUUGUUUAUUGGCCCAGUUGUGAGGAUUCUCAUUGUCUUUAUGUUGAGAUGUAAUCCAUACCGAAGGCUGUGGUCUUUGAUCUUCAUCCGUUAGUGCUUCAAGUCCUCUUCACUUUCAGCAGCAAGCUUAUAUCAUCUGCAUAUCGCAGAUUGUUAAUGAAUCUUCUACCAGUACUGAUGCCACAUUCUUCUUCAGAUAGUCCAGCUGCUCACAUUUUUGCUCAGCAUACAGAUGGGAAAAGUAUAGUGGAAGGAUACAACCCUGAUGCAUACUUUCCUUGAUUUUAAACCAUGCAGUGUCCCCUUGCUCUGUUCGAAUGACUGCCUCUUAGUCUGUACAGCUUUCACAUGAAGACAAUUAAAUGUUCUGGAAUUUCCAUUCUUUGAAAUGUUAUCCAUAAUUUGUUAUGAUCCACACAGUCGGAUGCCUCAGCACAGUCAAUAAUACACAGGUAAACACCUUUCUAGUGUUCUCUACUUUCAACCAAGAUCCAUCUGACAUCAGCAAUGAUAUCCCUGGUUCCACGUCCUCUUCUAAAUUCAGCUUGAAUUCCUGGCAGUUCCCUUUCAAUGUACUGCAACUGCUUUUGAGUGAUCUUCCACAAAAUUUCACUCGUGUGUGAUAUUAAUGAUAAUAAUAAUAAUAAUAAUAAUGAUAUUGUUCCAUAAUUCCUGCAUUCUGUUGUAUCACCUUUCUUUGGAAUGGGCAUAAAUAUGGAUCUCUUCCAGUCAGUUGGCCAGGUAGCUGUCUUCCAAAUUUCUUGGCCCAGACAAGUAAGCACCUCCAGCAAUGCCUCCGUUUGUUGAAACAUCUCAGUUGGUGUUUCGUCAGUUUCUGGAGCCGCGUUUUCCACUAGUGCCUUCGGUGCAGCGUGGACUUCCUCCUUCUGUGCCGCUGGUUUUUGAUCGUAUGCUGCCUUCUGAAAUGGUUGAAUGUUGACCGUUUCUUUUGGUAUAGUGACGCUGUAUUCCUUCUACGUGCUUUUGAUGCUUCCUGCGUCGUUCGGUAUUUUGCCCAUAGAAUCCUUCAGUGUUGCAACUCGAGACUUGAAUUUGUCUUCAGUUCUUUCAGCUUAAGAAAUGCCAAGCAUGUUCUUCCCUUUUGUUUUUCUAACUCCAGGUCUUUGCAUAUUUCAUUAUAAUGCUUUUUACUUAGUCUUCUUGAGCCACCCUUUGAAUUCUUCUGUUCAGCUCUUUUACUUCAUCAUUUCUUCCAUUUGCUUUAGCUACUGUAUGUUCAAAAGCAAGUUUCAGAGUCUCUUCUGGCAUCCAUUUUGGACUUUUUUCCUUUCUUGUCUUUUUAAUGACCCUCUACUUUUUUCAUGUAUGAUGUCCUUGAUGUCGUUCCACAACUUGUCUGGUCUUUGGUCAUUAAUGUGCAGUGUAUCAAAUCUAUUCUUGAGAUGGCCUCCAAAUUCAGGUGGGAUAUACCCAAGGUUGUAUUUUGGUUCUCGUGGACUUGUUUUGAUUUUCUUCGGCUUCAGCUUGAACUUGCAUAUAAGCACUUGAUGGUCUGUUCCACAGUCGGCCCCUGACGUUGUUCUUACUGAUGAUAUUGAGCUUUUCCAUCAUCUCUUUCCACAGACAUAGUCAAUUUGAUUUCUGCGUUUUCCAUCCUGUGAGGUCCACGUGUAUAAGUUGCCAUUUAUGUUAUUGAAAAAAGGUAUUUGCAAUACAUAAGUCAUUGGUCUUGCAAAGUUCCGUAAUGCCGUCUCUGCCAUCAUUUCUAUCACCAAGGCUGUAUUUCCCAACUACGUACAAAUCCUUCUUUUUUCGAACUUUUGCAUUCCAAUCACCAGUAAUUAUCAAUGCAUCCUGACUGCAUGUUUGAUCAAUUUGAGACAGCAGAAGCUGAUAAAAAUCUUCAGUUUCUACAUCUUUGGCCAUAGUGGUUGGUGCAUAAAUUUGAAUAAUAGUCGUAUUAACUGGUCUUCCUUGUAGGCGUAUGGAUAGUAUCCUAUCACUGACAGCAUUGUACUUCAGGGUAGAUCUCGAAACGUUCUUUUUGAUGAUGAAUGUGAUGCCAUUCCUCUUCAAUUUCUGACUUUGGCGUAGUAGACCGUAUGAUUGUCUGAUUCAAAAUGGCCAAUACCAGUCCAUUUCAGCUCACUAAUGCCUAGGACAUCUAUAUUUAUGCAUUCCAUAUCAUUUUUGAUGACUUCUAAUUUUCCUAGAUUCAUACUUUGUACAUUCCAUGUUCCAAUUAUUAAUGGAUGUUUGCAGCUGUUUCUUCUCAUUUUGAGUCGUGCCGCAUCAGCAAAUGAAGGUCUCGAAAGCUUGAUUCCAUCCAUGUCAUUAAGGUCAACUCUACUUUGAGGAGGCAGCUCUUCCCCAGUUGUCUUUUGAGUGCCUUCCAACCUGGGAGGCUCAUCUUCCGACACUGUCUCAGACAGUGUUCCACUGCUAUUCAUAAGGUUACCACUGGGCAAUUUUUUCAGAAGUAGACUGCCAGGUUCUUCUUCCUAGUCUAUCUUAGUCUGGAAUCUCCACUGAAACCUGUCUACCAAGGGUGACCCUGCUGGUAUUUGAGAUGCAGGUGGCAAAGUUUCCAGUAUCACAGCAACAUGUAAGCCACCAUAUUAUGACAAACGGACAGACACGUGAUGGCCUAUCAUAGCAGGACCUAGAAAUUCCCCAGAGUAGAGGCCACAAACCUAAAUAUUACAGGACCCAAGCUGGUAAGAUAAGCAAGUGAAAUAGGCCAGGUGAGAGGCAUUAGGGGAGUGGUGAGGACUGUGGCAAAUUGGUGAACAGAUGCCCUGUGUGAGGAAGUGGUCAGUGCUCUGCUCCAAUCGCAUUGCUGUUACUCUGGGAAUACAGCCCAGUUCUCCUAGUUUUCCAAGAAGAGUUGGAAAUUUUGAUUUUUACAUAAAAUCUCUUAAUUAAAAAACACCUUUGGUGCCAAAGUAAACAGACUUGGGAAUGAUGCAAUUAGAGAUGCUUUACUUAGGGUGGAAACCCUGGUGGUGUAGUGGUUAAGUGCUAUGGCUGCUACCCAAGAGGUCAGCAGUUCGAAUCCGCCAGGUGCUCCUUGGAAACUCUAUGGGGCAGUUCUACUCUGUCCUGUAGGGUCGCUAUGAGUUGGAAUUGACUUGACAGCAGUGGGUUUUUUUACUUAGGGUCAAGGACAUGUGACAGGAAAUUAAGAUGGUUUCUUGCCCCCUAGGUGGGUGGCUUUGAGAAAGGUUUCAUAAACUGGUUAUACACACCAGGCUCUCCAGAUCACCCAGGAGAGAAGGAGGAAAAAAAAAUGUUGCAGGGGUCAACCCCUGCCCUGUGCCAGGCUUCGAAUGUUUUAUCCUACUGGUGCCUCACCAUAGCCCUGGUGCCAGGUGUUGGUGUGCCCAUUUCACAGAGGAGAACCUAAGCUCAUAGAGGACAGAUUACUCAUCCACAGUUACUCAGGAAACUAGAAACUUGACUGUCCAGUACCGAAGCCCAGGCCCCUCUCUAGGACCUUGGUCCCAACCACAAUGGAUCCCUCUGUGGGACUCCUGCUUGGAUUCUGGGGUUCCAUAUAUCUUAACUGCUAGAAGCCUGGUAACCAAGCCCCAGAGAUGAGCCCUGGCUCUAGGGCCUUGGGCAAGUCAUUUCCCUCCGUUAGUUCCCACACCCAAAUGGGUUGGACAUUGCAGCCAUCUUCAGCGGACAGGGAGGGAGACAGCACUGCAGGCCAAAGAUGGGCCAGUUGGCAGCAGACUUCCAAGGGAGGCCAUACCUUAGUCUCUUCCACAGGCCCCAGGGUUUGGCCCUCAGCCAUGCUGGCCCAGAAGCCAGAUUUAAAAUCAUCCUGCAGGUAUAUCCAUCUCUUAGGAUGCCGCCACGCUGACCAAGCUCCUAAGGCAAAAAACCAGUCUCAUUUAAGAUGACUCGGAGAGCGGCAGGCAGUUUUGUGUUGAGAGAGCAUCAAGGGUAUGUGAGUAUGGGUGUGUGUGGUGUAUGUGUGGGCUGCAUGGAUGUGCAGGUGUGUGGGGUCUGGUGUGGUAUAUGUGUGGUGUGUGUAAGAGUGUGUGUGCUUCCGCGUACGUGUGGUAUGUAUGUGUGCUAACUUGGCUGGGCCACGAUUCUCUGUGUUUAUAUGUAAUCAGUCCCAUGAUUGAAUCUGCUAUGAGUAGCCAAUCAGCUGAAAGGGAGUUCCUUGGGCGUGUGGCCUGCAUCCAAAUAUAAGUGGACACUCUGGCUUUUGCCUGCUCUGGAUCCUGCAGCUGCCCCCUGUUUGUCUGACCUACAGUUCUGGAGACUUGACCUAGCAGCUUAUCUGCCGAUCUUGAGAUUCAUGGAUCUUCACAGACUGUGAGCAAGAGCCCUGCUCUCUAAGCUGCUGACCUUGGGUUUGCCAGCCCCUGCAGCUAUGUAAAUCAGGAGAAUCCUCUAUCCUGAUCCACGGACUUGGGGUGGUCCAAACUCUACAAUCACGUGAGCCGUUUCCUUAGUAUAAAUCUCUAUCUAUAUGUUUAUACACGUUACUGGUUUUGCUUCUUUAGACAACACUGCCUAAGACAGUGAGCGUGUGGCUGUUGGUAGGAGAUGAGGCAGAGAGACAGGAAGAGGACAGGUCGGAAAGUGUCUUCAGGAGUCUUCAACAUACAUGUUCUGUGUCAGAGGCCGAGUGCAAGGGCCGGAGAUGCACUCCCCACCCCGAGGCCCUCUGGGACACCCAUGAGUCAGGUGACGGUGGGAGCACAGAGUUAGGCCCUUACCCUGGGAGCGGGUGGGGAGAGGUCAGGGAAGGCAUCCAAAGGAGGAAAUACGUGAGCUAGUUUCUAAAGACAAGUGUGGACAGGCAGGCACUCACAUGCUGUUGGUGGGUGUGAAGUUUGGUAGCAUCUGCCACGCCUUAAAAUGCACAGAGCAGGGGUUUACCAGCUACCCUUCCCUGAAUGGCCCAUAGGAAAUGCCCGCAUGUGGGUGCCACGACAGCCGUGCGAAGGUAUGCCCCGCAGCCUGGGCAGAGCAGCGCUUUUCACAAUUUGUGGGCCGUGACUCCCAGUCAGAAAUCCUAUACCAUGACCCCGCAGACUUACACUAAAGUUAAACAACGGCUGCACAAAACAAAGCUGACCUUUCCUGAAUAGUAUUGAGUAAAAGCGUAGUGUUAAUAACUACUAUAUUUAGUUAAUAAAUACGCCAUAAUAAAUUUUUCUGUUCAUUUUUUUUUUAAUGCUGAUUGCAACCUGUUAAAUUCUGACGCACUAAUCAGUUGUGAGCCUGGGUCUGAAAAAGACUAUAGUAAUGGAAGACUGGAAACAGUAUACAUCCAUAAAUAGGAUUUAGUUAUGAUACAUUCAUACUACGCACCUGUCAAACGAAUGAUAUGUAUAUAUAGUCUCUGGGUGGUGCACAUGGUUAACGUACUCCAUUGCUGACAAAAGGUUAACAGUUCAAGUCCACCCAAAGGAACCUCAGAAUAAAGGCCUGGUGAUCCGCUGUUUGAAAAAUCAGCCAUCUGGAGCUUAGCCCAGUGCUUUCCCCUCACAGAGCUUACAGGGCUGGGGAGCAAGACCCCAACUCCUCCCACCUGUCAGGGCUUCCUGCUCCACUCAUGUCCCACCUGCAAUACGGGGGCUAGCACCCCUGGGCCGGGAAAAUGCUGCUGUUCCCGAGGGCCUUUAUUACCUUAGCCUUCCCCAAGUGAACUGUCCUGACUUCACAGCCAGUAAAGCUGCCAGACCCAAGGUGACUCCUGUCCCUCCCCUCCAUAGGGCGUUACAGUAACACCUCACUUACUCAGAAAUCACUCACCUGGCACCCUUAUCCACCUAGUGUCCAGGGACAAGCAAACGAUGAAGCCAAAACAGGUUCAGGGUACACUGAAGGUCAAGCAUUUGGCUGUCAAGGUCCUGACUCAGGGCUUGCUUACUCUGUUUGACCACAUUUCUGACAUGCAUGGUUCCCUGGCUCCACAGGGCACAGUGUUACAACAGGCAGUUAUCAAAGGGUUGGGAGAGCUGAUGUAAGCAGCCAUAUGACAGCACCAGGAAGAGAUGCUGAUGGCAUCAGCUGAUGGCAAGAGAGGAAACAGGAUGCGAAAAUUCAGAAAGAUGAGACUUUUGGAGCAAAGAGUAAGCAACAACAACACAAAAUUCAGCAGUUCAAAGCCGCACACAGUGAAAACUCACCUCUCCUCCAGGCAGCUGCUCCUUCUGCCACAGCCUGCCCCCUGGUGGCACCAUGCCCUUCUGCCCCACCAAGUACCUGAAGAGGAUCGGACGCCUGCCCCGGGGUGGUGCUGGGGAGCAGGAGAAGAUUCCGGCCAACCACGAGGCCUUCCUGCUCAUGGCCAGCUCCCAGAGUGACAUGGAGGACUGGGUGCGGGCCAUCCGUCGGGUCAUCUGGGCCCCACUGGGCAGAGGUACUGCCCGUAGGUCGCAUGCUUGCCCUCUAGAGCCUUUGCCUCCAGGGAUCUUUGGGCAGCACCUGGAGGACACAGUCCACCAUGAGCGGAAGUACGGCCCCCGCCAGGCGCCGCUGCUGGUGGAGCAGUGCGUGGACUUCCUCCGGGAGCGCGGGCUCACUGAGGAGGGCCUCUUCCGCAUGCCAGGCCAGGCCAGCCUGGUGAGGGACCUACAGGACUCCUUCGACUGCGGGGAGAAGCCGCUGUUUGACAGCACCACAGACGUGCACACAGUGGCCUCCCUGCUGAAGCUCUACCUUCGGGAGCUGCCUGAGCCCGUGGUCCCCUUCGCCAGGUACGAGGACUUCCUCAGCUGUGCCCAGCUGCUCACCAAGGACGAGGGUGAGGGGACUCUGGAGCUGGCCAAACAGGUGAACAGCCUUCCUCCAGCCAACCACAACUUGCUCAGAUACAUCUGCAAGUUUUUGGACGAGGUCCAGUCUCACUCCGAUGUCAACAAGAUGAGCGUCCAGAACCUGGCAACUGUGUUCGGACCCAACAUACUGCGGCCCCAGGUGGAAGACCCAGUGACCCUCAUGGAAGGCACUUCCCUGGUCCAGCACCUGAUGACCGUCCUGAUCCGAAGGCACAGUCAGCUCUUCACAGCCACAGCCACGGUGGGGCCGGCCUCCCCACACAGGGGCCCUCAGCGCACAGUGGGCUGGGGCUCUGAGGAGGUCACAAAAGACAGCCAGGGGGAUCCUGGCAGCUCCGGUGCCCCUGGCCUGCCCUCCCAGAGGGCCUCGUCUCUGGAUGGGGCCACUGUGGUGGCUCUCACAAGGGCCUCACCCUCAGGCCUAGCUGCCACCAGUUCUGGGAAGAGAGUACAGACUCUGCCAAACUGGAGGUCUUCCUCCCAGCAGUCGGGGUCCCAGCCAGCGAGUCCAAAGGCAGGCAGCUCAGCCCUGGAGAUGCCUGCUGUCUCCUGCAGCGGGAACUGGCUCAUGAACGGCCUGUCCUCCCUGCGCGGCCACCGCCGGGCCUCGUCAGAGGAUCGACUCCGAGACUCCAGCUCCUCCCAGAGGAUGUCCACCUACGACAACGUGCCGCUACCUGGCCUCCUGCCCAGCUCCCCCAGCGUGGCCAGCACAGCCUGGUCCAGGGCCGCCUCCUCCGGCGAGGCCUCAGCCAGGGGUUCGGUUAGCAGCUGCACGGCCUGCCGGGCCAGUGACUCGUCUGCCCGCAGCUCGCUGCACACCGAGUGGGCCCUGGAGCCCUCCCCACUUCCCAGCAGCAGUGAGGAGCACAGAUCCUUGGACCUGGGCCACAGCCUGGACGAAGCAGGCACGGGCCUCAGCAUGAGUGGCCCCAGCAGCCCCGGCCAGGACCUCACCUGUGGCCCUGAGGCCCUCCAGGGCCUGGUCACAGAGCUCAGAGCAGAGCUGUGCCGGCAAAGGACUGAAUACGAGGCGAGCAUGAGAAGACUUGAAAAAGGCAGUGCUGAUCUGAAGAAAUGCAUGUCACAGUUAGAGGAAGAGCUGGACCAGGAGAGGAAAAAGUACAUGAUGCUGGAGAUAAAGCUGAGGAACUCAGAGCGGGCGCGGGAAGACGCUGAGAAGAGAAACCAAGUCCUGCAGAAGGAGAUGGAGGAGUUUUUUUCAACCCUGGGGAGCUUGACUGUUGGGGCCAAAGGUGCUGGAGCCCCACAGUAAAGGGAAGGGGCGCACACUUCUGCCCCCAGGCGGCUGGCCCUGCUCCAGCACAGAGCUGGCAGCCAGUCCACAGGGGUGGCCUGAGCCUGUGCAGCUCCCCUGGGCCGCAGGCUGGGGGUGCUGGGUGCCCAGGAACCAGCCUGAGAUAGAGGUCCUGACGUCCCACUGGGGGUCCAGACCCUGCUCUGACUAUGCAGGGGCCUUGGGUGUCAGCAGGGAGCAGUGCCGAGAGCAUCAAACCCCGCCCCGUGCCCACCCUAGGCAAGUUCCCCGUGGCUGCCCCCAGGACCUGGGGCUCACCAUGAACCUUUUGCAUUCUUUAUUAAAUCUGUUCUGUAAACACAAUGCCCAGGUGCC